GGGCGCUAGGUCCUGGCAAAGGCGGAAGCAGAGCCGUGCCGCCACAGUCUCUCCGUCGCCUGUUCUCUGCCCAUGGCCGCUUACUCCUACCGCCCGGGGCCCGGCCCGGGCCCUGCUGCGGGCGCCGCGCUGCCGGACCAGAGCUUCCUGUGGAACGUCUUCCAGCGGGUUGAUAAAGACCGGAGUGGGGUGAUAUCAGACAAUGAGCUUCAGCAAGCAUUGUCCAAUGGCACAUGGACUCCAUUUAAUCCAGUGACUGUCAGGUCAAUCAUUUCUAUGUUUGACCGGGAGAACAAAGCUGGUGUCAACUUCAGCGAGUUCACAGGUGUGUGGAAGUACAUCACAGAUUGGCAGAACGUCUUCCGCACCUACGACAGGGACAACUCGGGGAUGAUCGACAAGAACGAGCUCAAGCAAGCACUCUCAGGUUUUGGCUACCGGCUCUCUGACCAGUUCCACGACAUCCUCAUCCGCAAGUUUGACAGACAAGGACGAGGACAGAUUGCCUUUGAUGACUUCAUCCAGGGCUGCAUUGUCCUGCAGAGGCUGACGGACAUAUUCAGACGCUACGACACGGAUCAGGACGGCUGGAUCCAGGUGUCCUAUGAGCAGUAUCUCUCCAUGGUCUUCAGUAUUGUAUAACGCAGGCCUCAUGAACAGCAGCGUCAUGUAUAAGACAACAGAAAAUGCCAAAUCCCUUCCCUGUCCCGAAGUGGGGCGCAGACGGUUAGAUGCUGUUUCUCCUCAGGCUCUGUAAUUGCUAACGUGGGGACCAGCUGUACAUACGUGAGUAGCUGCUGAGUGCGCUUGCGUUGUCAUGGCUGCAUUGCUGUCGUAACAGCCUUGGGCUGUGGCUCGUUGCGCCAUGGGCGAGACGCAGUCAAGGCUCACAUGUCUGCUUGGGAAAAUGCGCCCCGUGCUGUUGUAGACAUCUUCAGUUCUGCAGUGGAAACGCUUGUAUUAGCCAAUAGGACUUAAAAGUAAUACAGAACUUGCACAGAGGCUUUUCAUGUGCCUUAACUUUUUUUAAAAAAAGAUUAUUGUGUUCCCUGGAAUAUGUAACAUGAGCAAUAAAACAAUGUACAGA